AUGGCUUCAGAGGACCUUUAUGCAAUCUCCGCUGACUGGCUCAAAAGCAUAGAGGUUGCGUCGUCCACCGGAGAUGCUACGUCAUUUGUGAGCCAUUUCUUUCGGAUGGGUGGUUCAGAGGUCGAUCUUCUGUGUUUUUCUUGGAAUUUUAGGACACUAUCAGGUCCGGAAAAAAUACGCGGAUUCCUCUCAGAGGUGGUUGAUGGAAAGCCGCGACUUGAGCAUUCUGGUCUUCGUAACUUCAAACUAGACGAUCACACUGCCAAUGCGCCUUCACCAUUGCAAAUGCCAGGUCCGCAAGACAUUAAAGGAGUACAAGGUGCUUUCACAUUUAUCAUUACGAAACCAGCUGCACUCGGACGAGGUUUCUUCCGUCUGAUGCAAGAUGCCGAUGGGAAGUGGAAGGCUUUAACUCUUUUCACAAACAUGCAGGACCUUGUCGGGCAUGAGGAGUCUUCUGCAGAUCAACACGGCUUAUACGAGGGUCGAAAAAUGACCUGGGAGGAGGAUGUUGACGCAAGAUUCCGUGCUAUAGAGGCGGACCCCACUGUUUUGAUAGUUGGUGGUGGACAAGCGGGCCUUAUGUCUGCAGCACGGCUGCGUAGGUUGGGCAUCCGUGCGCUCGUGAUCGAGAAAAAUGCGCGUGUCGGAGACUCCUGGCGACAACGGUACCCGAACCUUACGCUGCAUACCCCCACAUAUCACAACUCCAUGCUUUACAGUCCCUAUCCGACAACCUUCCCCGAGUACAUUCCUAAGGGGAAACUUGCUAAUUUCCUAGAUUCAUAUGCUGUGGACCAGGAAUUGUGUAUCUGGCUCUCGAGUAGCAUAGCCUCAACUCCAGUGUACGACUCAUCAUCCGCAAGAUGGACCGUGGAAAUCCAGCACGGAGACCAGAAAGUAUUCCUUAAACCGAAACACCUGGUACUUGCCACAGGAUACGGGAGCCCUCGCAUUCAUACUUGGAACGGAAUGGACGAAUUUCAAGGAGCCUUGUAUCAUUCCGACUUCCAUAAAGACGCAGAGCGAUUCCGAGGCAAACGUGUUGUUGUUGUGGGUGCGGGCAAUGCUGGUGCAGAUAUAUGUGAAGAUUUCGUAGCGCAUGGUGCCACUGAGGUAACAAUGGUCCAAAGAAACGCCACAUGUGUUGUAUCUUCGACUACCGCAGAGAAAAGCUUUAAGUCGCCUUUCCCUGACGGCACCCCUGUCGAGGAACUGGAUUUCCGCAUGAAUUCAAUGCCUAUGGCCUUUAUCCUGCAACUGAAAAUAUCAGGUGGGAUAGAACACACGAAGAUGCUCGACAAGGAACUCCAUGAUGGUUUGCGCAAGGCUGGAUUCAACUUAACUUGGGAACUUUCGCCCGGUAGUGGCGAGGUUGGGGUGGACGGAUUUGUGUUCAGCCGCCGGGCAUCAGGAACCAUGCUUGACGUUGGCUGUGGUAAGCUAAUCAUCGAAGGCAGAGUUAAGAUAAAGCAAGGUCAAGAUAUCAGUCACCUCGACAAAGAUGGGAUCACGUUUAAAGACGGCUCCAAGCUUUCAGCAGAUGCUAUCGUCCUAGCUACAGGAUAUGAACCCAUCAUGAAGACUAUGAGAGCUCUUCUUGGCAAUGAAAUUACCGAUCAACUUCCACCUGAGGUGUGGGGCCUUGACUCAGAGGGAGAAGUUAAUCAGACAUAUCGACCCUCUGGACAUCCGGGACUUUGGUUUGCUAACGGUACAUUUGGAAUCUCGCGUUUCUUCAGUAAACACUUGGGUCUCCAGAUCUUGGCAAGAGAGCUCGGUAUAGCAUGACAAAAGAGGUGUUGCUGUUAUACAUGAUAUAUCUAUAUCGCAGGUCAGAAUCACAGAUACCGACGUUAUGACUACCAUAGAGCGAUGAGAGAAGACCAACCAUGCAGAACAAGAGCUCUCUCUGUGCCAAUCUGUUGCAUGUUUUCAUUCCGGCGAUUGAUGCAAGGACAUUUCGAUAAGGCUUGCACACAGCAU